GUUGAGACAAUCCACCCCCCUGGGCAGAUAAAGAAAUUGAAGUGCAGAGGAGGAAAAUGACUUGCCCAGGGUCAACCAGGUGGGAAGCCACUAAGAGGAGGCGCGGGGGUGGGAGACGAGAGGGCGGAGUCUGACCGAACCCCGCCCCCCAGCCAACCCAGUCCCACCACCUCCCCCGACAACAGGUGUCUGCGGACCGGGCUGGGGGGCGGAGGGGGAGCAUGCUCCGCGGGGGAGGGGUGGAGAGACCCCGGGCUGCCACCGCCUCCUAGCCCGCGGCCCCUAGUGCCGGUGCCCCGCUGUCAGCGCGCCCCACCCCCCGCCUCCGGCUCCGCCCCCCAGCUCGGGCCGGAGCUCGAGCCGGAGCCGAAGCCGAAGCCCCGGCCGCGAACAGGCAGCGGCGGCGACACGCGGGACUGGGCACCGAUGGAAACCUCCUCCCUCCGGGGCUCGGUUCAGCUCCGCUGGAAGGGCCAACUCUGGCUUAAAGACCUAUAACGGGUCCGGCUUCGCUUUGCCAAGAUGGUAGACACCGAGAGCCAGAUCUGCCCCCUUUCCCCACUUGAUGACGAUGACCUGGAAAGUCCACUUUCCGAAGAGUUCCUCCAAGAGAUGGGGAGCAUCCAGGAUAUCUCGCAGUCCAUUGGGGAUGACAGCUCCGGGGCAUUCACUUUUGCAGACUAUCAUUGCUUGGGAAGUGGUCCAGGAUCUGAUGGGUCCAUCAUUACUGACACCCUUUCACCGGCGUCCAGCCCUUCAUCUGUGAAUUACACCCCAGUUGUGAGCAGUGCCGAAGACUCCGCUAGCGCCACCUUAAACAUCGAGUGCAGAAUCUGUGGGGACAAAGCCUCGGGCUACCACUACGGUGUGCAUGCUUGUGAAGGCUGUAAGGGGUUUUUUCGGAGGACCAUUCGCCUUAAGCUGGCCUAUGACAAGUGCGACCGCAGCUGUAAAAUUCAAAAAAAGAAUCGUAAUAAGUGUCAAUAUUGCCGUUUCCAGAAGUGCCUUUCAGUGGGAAUGUCACACAAUGCCAUCCGUUUUGGGAGAAUGCCAAGGUCUGAAAAAGCCAAACUCAAAGCAGAGAUUCUUACCUGUGAACACGAUCUGGAAGAUUCCGAAAUUGCGGAUCUCAAGUCACUUGCCAAGCGAAUUUACGAAGCUUACCUAAAGAACUUUAACAUGAACAAGAUCAAGGCCAGAGUCAUCCUGGCAGGGAAAGCCAGCAACAACCCACCCUUUGUUAUACAUGACAUGGAAACCCUGUGCAUGGCGGAAAAGACGCUGGUGGCCAAGCUGGUGGCCAACGGCAUCCAGAACAAGGAGGCCGAGGUCCGGAUAUUCCACUGCUGCCAGUGCACCUCCGUAGAGACGGUCACGGAACUGACGGAGUUUGCUAAAUCCAUCCCCGGCUUCGCGAGCCUCGACCUGAACGACCAGGUGACUUUGUUAAAGUACGGGGUCUACGAAGCCAUCUUCGCCAUGCUGUCGUCGGUCAUGAACAAGGACGGCAUGUUGGUGGCCUACGGAAAUGGCUUCAUAACCCGCGAGUUCCUGAAAAGCUUAAGGAAACCAUUUUGUGACAUCAUGGAACCUAAAUUUGAUUUUGCAAUGAAAUUCAAUGCCUUGGAACUAGAUGAUAGCGACAUUUCCCUUUUCGUGGCUGCUAUAAUUUGCUGUGGAGAUCGGCCGGGCCUCCUGAAUGUGGGACACAUUGAGAGAAUGCAGGAGAGCAUUGUACAUGUGCUUCAGCUCCACCUGCAGAACAACCAUCCCGACGACGCCUUCCUCUUCCCCAAGCUGCUCCAGAAGAUGGCUGACCUUCGGCAGCUGGUUACAGAGCAUGCACAGCUGGUGCAGGUCAUCAAAAAGACUGAGUCCGAUGCUGCCCUGCAUCCCCUCCUGCAGGAAAUCUACAGGGAUAUGUAUUAAUUUGUUUAGUUGUUGUUUGUUUUUUAAAAGACAGAACUUUUCCAGGAUAUUUAAAGCCAACAGCAAUAUUAAUGAUAGAUGGGAGCAAAGACUUUGCACACAUGUCAGCUGUGUUUUAAUCCUAGAAGGUGGAAAUCAAUCAUGGUCUAGAUAACUGGAACGCCACAUUUCUAUUGGCUUUUGAAACAGGAUUUCAGAAUUUGCCAAGUAUCCAGAAGGUGAUGAUGAGAAGGUUUUGAGUAGUUGGGGUAGAAGUGGGGAAUUCAGGAGGAUGUGUUGGGCAAUGAGGUGUUCCAUCUGAUUCUGUUAAGACACGUGAUUCUGAUCAAUGCAGAUUUAUUUAUAUUAUGUUAGUGAUUUAGCAUUUGGUUAAUCGGUAACCUCAUAAUAAGGACUUUGUCUUCUCCG